GGGUUGCAAACAAGGCUGUUCCGGCGAGGGGGGCGGAGACAGCUCGACCAGUCGGCGCCCAGGCCCGCAGCAGCAGCCCGACGAUGGCGCGCCCGCUCCGCGUUUGGCAGCGCUGCCGGCCCGGCGCCCUCCUCCUCCUCCUCCGGCGGGGAGGCUCACUGGUCGCGGCGAGGGGCUCCAGCACGCAGCCGGCGCGGCUGCCCAGGAUGGAGUAUCAGGACGCGGUGUGUACCCUCAAUACGCUCCAGACCAACGCCAGCUACCUGGAGCAGGUGAAGAGAGAGCGCGGCCAGCCCCAGAUGCAGUUGCAGGCCAUGAGGACGUUCCUUCAGCGCAGUGGCCUGGCGGUAGAGGAUCUGGACCAGCUUAAUAUUAUUCAUGUAACUGGGACUAAGGGAAAGGGAUCAACGUGUGCAUUCACAGAGCGCAUUCUUAGGAAUUGUGGGCUUCGCACAGGAUUUUACAGUUCUCCACAUUUGGUGCAAGUCAGAGAGAGAAUCCGAAUCAACGGGCAGCCGAUCUCCAAAGAGCUCUUUACAAAAUAUUUCUGGCAGGUGUACGGGCGAUUGGAUGAGACUAAGGAUUCGCACUACGGCUCCAUGCCGGCUUACUUUCGUUUUCUUACGAUCCUGGCAUUUCACGUCUUUCUGCAGGAGAAGGUACGUUGUUUUUUGGUUCCGCCAAUAUUUGUCCCCCUCUCUCUGCAGAGUCCAGGAGUCCCGGCGUUCACUGUGAAACAGCUAGAGAGCCCCAUGAAUGUCCUGAAGGCCAGAGCGGAGGAAAUUGGGUGCUCGCUGCAGGUGUGUCCUGACUUGGAAGAGUAUGAAUCAGGGGGCGAGCGGCUGAGACUGGGGCUGGAGGGGGACCACCAGCGAUCCAACGCCAGCCUGGCCCUCCAGCUGUGCUCCAGCUGGCUCCGGCGGCGAGGCAUUCACGAUUUCAUCUCUGUUCCGAAGAGGGGCUUGGCUGAGGAUGUGCCCUUGAACAGCCCCUUUCCCAAGGCUGCGUCGUUCAAGCCCAGUCCGGUCAUGGUGAAUGGGCUGCAGAGCACCGAGUGGCCCGGCCGGACCCAGACGCUGCGGCACGGCCCGGUCACCUACUUUCUGGACGGCGCCCACACCAUGCGAAGCAUGCUGGCCUGUGUGAGCUGGUUCAGAGACGCUGCCGCCCGCCAGGAGAAAACCACUGAAGGGCCUGUGGUUCGCGUGCUGCUAUUCAACGCUACAGGAGAACGAGAUUCUGCGGCGAUGCUUAAACUCCUGGUGCCUUUCCAUUUUGAAUUUGCUGUCUUCUGCCCCAACAUCACUGAAGCCGUCUCAUCAAGUAAUGCAGACCAGCACAACUUCAACGUCACGGUGGAGAACAUGCUGACGCGUUGCCUCGACAACCAGAAGAGUUGGCGCCGCCUGGCCGAGCGAGACAGCGCCGUGGCAACAGACGUGCGGAUUCCGGAAGGCCUGCCCUUGGUGGCCGAGACGCGGCAGACGGACGCCCUGGUCUUUCCCUGCAUCCUCAGCGCCCUUCAGUGGAUCUGCCAGGGCAGGGACCCAGUACUGGACUGCCCUGGCACGUUUGCCACCCUCCAGCCUGGUGCCACCACCAGAGCCGAGAUUCUGCGCGAGGCUGCCGGUAUCCACGUGCUGGUAACGGGCAGCUUGCACCUCGUAGGGGGCGUUUUAAAACACUUGGACCCCUCAUUGUCCUCCUGAGGACUGAGCCUUGAGUUGCCUUUCUCAAAUAAGCCGAGUUUACAGGUGCAGCCUGUUGGCCUUCUCUUCGAAGGGCAGGCUCUCUCCACAACCCUUCGGAAUUUCCUGAUAAAACGAUUCCCCUCAAAAUCUCAGCUGCCAAAACGCUAUUUACUGUGCGUUCUACAGGUUUGCACUGCGGAGACCAUGUGCCAGUCCCAGGUCACCGUUUUUCCUUGCACUCUGCCUCAUUAAAGAAAGGUUUUUACGUUUUUUUUAAUAUUACAUUUGAUUAUGCAAGUGAGGUGAGUCUGGCCCCUAACCCACUCAGGACUGUGGGUGAGUCCCAACGCAGACCUGCUUUGUACAUCACUGAGAUGGUGGAUGUACUGUAGUUUUUAUAUCUUUUCGGCCCAUUCAGGACUUUAUGAAGGAAUAGAGGUGUAUUAACUGUAACCUUGCUGAAUUUGCAAACGAUUUUAAAAUCGGUGAGCUAAUGAAUAUCGUUUUUCUCUAUUUGUACUGCUGGGAAAGUGGACUUUUAGUUGUUUUAAUAAGACCACAACAGCUCAUUUUAUCGUUCUCUGUGCAUUCAUUUAAUACUUGAAGGUCCACUUCGCCUGAGCUGGUAAUCACCGGCACGUUUUUAAACUCCUAGUGUUGUGGUUUCUGUGAGUUUGCCUGGCAGCUCUGGAAACUGCAGUGGAGACGAAUGCAGGCGCACAGCGGGUGUGUGUGGAAAAGCUAUACGCUUGUAAUCCAAGGGGACACUGUUCUCGGGUCAUCAGCUGCAGAGUCCCGAACUUGUGUGCAAGGGUGGUCUCAUAGAGAAGAUCUUUUAAAAAUGACCCACAUCUAAACUAUACACUAGAGGACUCCUAUCACUUUCAGGCUCAUAAAACUGGAGGGUAAAGAAUUGAUUCAAAUGUAAACUUACAUUUUGUUUUAACAAUGUAUUAUAGAUCCAGAAGUCGAUGACACCCUAUUAAAGGAUACCUAUUGUGGAAUUAUUCUGAAUCCUAACAAGGUCCAGCAGUCACAACAGAUCAAUUAAAGAAGCAAAUACUUGCUUUUCCAUUUGAAUUAUGGAGGGGACCCUCUGUCUUUCAUUCUUAUGGGAUCUUAGAGGAUCUUUGACCAAGUAGUCAAAAACAUGGUUUAGCUUCUCAACCAAAGGACAGCUCCUCUUACAGGACAACGCCUGAGCUGUCCAUUGCUGCUAUAAUCUGAUACUGAGGGUUAGGCAUGGUUUGUCUCUGCCUGCACAGUCUAUACAGAGACAACAACUCCAUGCUUUCCCGGAUUUUCAGUCAUUGUCUUGGCUUGAUCUUAAUAAUCACUUUAUCAAAAAGUGCAGAGCUCCAGAGUUUCAGCUCUGGGUUGUGCCAAAUUCUCACCUCAUUUGCUUUCAGAGUCCCUACAAUGUAGAGGUGCAAACCUGAGACUGACACUUCCUUCGGUUUGAACCUGUUCCUAUAACUACCGGUCAUGUGCUUUUAGUGUCACUGGAAGGCCUGUUGGAAUCUCAGGGGAAUUUUCUUCACAUAUGUGAGGUUGGUCGUUUGAGAAUAAAAUGGGCUGUACCACCUGCGGGCCAAUUUUUUCAGAGGUUUUAAGAGGGUACAUCAUUUCCAGCUUGAGUAAUCUUGUUUUUUAGUUUUCUUUUUUUAUCCAAGUGUUUUAUUGAAAUGGUUGAAUGUUGAGGACUACAUUAACUGAGUAAUACUGGACACAGUUCUCUCUGGUGUGUAUAAUAAAAUUUAGUCGUGCUUGACUUAUUACACAUGCAACUGUAAGGUAAUAUUCAUCAGAAUUUUAUAGUCAACUGUACAACAUUUGUCUUUCGAAUGUAAGGUGUCAGGUGGUAUAUAAGAAUUAUAUGCUACAUUUGUAUGAAGACUAUGGCUUUAAAGCAGUCUAGUCUUCUGUGUGCACAUUAUUUUGUAAUAAAGUACUGUAACAAAGACAGCUAUAGAACCUUAAAGUCCCCACCAGAUUCUUAAACAGUAACAAGUACCAGUUUUGUUCAUUCACAAUGCAAUGCCUAUAUUCCUUGAACAAUUUUCCAUAAAUGAUGCCAUGCAAUGCUUUUCCAUGUUUGUUUUUUUUACUUUUGAAAUAUAAAACUAUAUGUACAGAAUUCACAUAGAGGCAACAGGAUGCUUAGAAAUUGAAGAGUUUUGGAUGCAUUUUCCAGUUUAAAGGUUUGGUAAAAUCCAGUACAGCAUAAGAGCACAGGAAAGGCUACUGAUGAGAGAAGAUCACUCAGACCAUCUUGGUCAUCAGGUGGCUGAUACCUUCUUGAUGCAAGAAUAUUUUCUGUGAGUUUUUUAUGUAAAACAUGGAAUUCUUAUCGAGGACAUGGGUCAGAUUUCCCCAUUACUUACAUAAGAUCUUGGAAACGAUAACUGCUCUGCUUAAGAGAACUGUUCACAAGAGAAUUUUGUCUUAAGGCUGUAAUGCAGUGUUUAAUUAGGAUUGCAGUGUUUUUAGUUGUUUUGUAUAGAAUGAUCUAACUCAAAUUAAUAUUGUUCCUUAAGAUUGUUUGGCUCUUCUCUCCAAAACUAAAAUAUUACGCAUUUCUUGGUACGUCAACAGCAUAAGGUUAUAGACUUUACCAUCUUGUAUUUGAGUCAAUCUAAUUUGUCUAUGUAAUCUGCAGUUGUAAUGGGAUUGAAUGUUAUUUAUGUUUAACAGAGGCAUGUCAUGGUAUUCUAGAACACCCAGAGCUAUACAAAAGGCUAAAACAUUAGCCUGUACUAAUGUGACAGUUUCUUUUUGAAAUUGUAAGAAAUUGAAAAUGUUAAAAUGGGCUAAUUUAUCAAGCUGUAAAUAAUUCUGUACCAUUUCAGAUUUGAUUCGCUUAGUAAAUUGAGUUUUAUUUCUGUUGACACAAUUAUAAAAUUUAAUUGUAUUUAAUGCUUUGCAGUAACUGAACCUACAUAAAAAAAAUGUUUUUUUUACAAAUAACAUCUCUGUGAGAUGUGUAUUUCAGAAAAUCUGGUGGACAUUUUUAUAGUAAAGAAGCUAAACACUUACCUGGUUUGAAUGGGUUACUGAAAACCUACUGACUGAUUCAACCUUGUCUCUGGACAAUAUGCUUCUUGCUUUCUUAUUGUAAACGUUGCUUUUAAUUUAUCUCAAAUUUUAUGAAAAUGAAAGAUGAAUCUUGAAAAGUACAUGGAGUUGGAAGGAGCAAUUGCUUUUAAAAUUAUUUUCUUUUUCCUACUGUAGAAAAAGGCAACACUGACUUAGUUCAUAUAGUUCAAAUAGUUCAUUUUCAGUACCAUGGAUUUUUACUGUUGAGCAAUGUACACGACCCCAUUCAGACGAAGCAGUUUAUUCAUCAGCUUUGUGGUGGAGAAUUACAUUGUUAAACAUAACUGUUAUUCUGGAUUCAUUUUCCAAUAAAAAGUACUAUACAGCU